UCUUGAGAGAGGGACAUCGCUGCUUCGAGAAACCCUUCCCCAUUUACAGUACGUCAUCAAACGGAUCCUUUAAAGAGUCUGUAGGCGCUUGUAAUGGCACAAUAUUCGGCACCGAAGCAAUAUCAGAGUAUGAAAACACUGUCUCCAGUCGAAACGAUGUCAACUAACGAUCCUCUACCACCCGGGUGGGAGAUAAAAAUUGACCCUCAUACAGGGUGGCCGUUUUUUGUGGAUCACAACAAUCGCACAACGACGUGGAAUGAUCCGAGGCAUGACACGAAAAAGAUUUUUUCAAAUGGCCCCCCUAUGUCCUCAGAAUCUCCUGAGGACAUGCACAAAACCUUUUUUCAAGAGAUGAGGCAGCCAACACUACGCCAGGGCUACAUCACCAUCCCUGUCUCCCAUGAAAAUGCUGAACCCAGGCUGCAGUAUCCAAGUUUCUCAUACAUCCAUCCAGCAGUGCAGCAGAAUUUGAGAACAGAUGGCCGAACACCUUCCCCUACCCCAUCAGCAUACUGUCGGCCUAGAUCUCCAGUGCAGGCUCCAUCAGAAGCAUGUUUGUCUUGCUCACCUGCUUCACAUGGACCUGAGGUUCAUCAACCACAGGGGACACACCAACCAAGUAGUGGCCUUCAUCAACAGACCCGACCUAGCAACACAGGCCUCCGGGCAGGCUACAUUUCCAUUCCAGUAAUACAUGAGAAUUUAGGAGGGGCCUUACAAUGCCAGCCUAGUCAAAGUUCUCAUCCCAGACGAGAAAAAAUCCCAAUCUACCAUGAACAAAUGCCCAUUCAGAUACAACAGAAUCGCGCUGCCAGUCCCAACUUCAUAAGGGCCCAGUCUCCAGUCAGGUCUCAGAUCAUGGGAGAGAGACCACAGAGCCAGCAACAGAUUGGAAACACAGGGAUACCACCUAAAGCUGAACAACCCAUUGAAGAAACCAUCAGAUGUUCUUCAGUUGAGAUCCCUAUGCAGAGAGUGAGUGAUGUGCCACAGCCCACACAUCACCCGGUAGUACAACAACACCACCAACAACCUACACAAACACCUCCAACAAAAGCACAACAACCUGUACAGCUGCCAACGCAUGUAUCAGAGACACCCAAUAUCACCAUCCAAGUUCCUUCAGCACCAGAACCCCAGGAACCAGCUUCCCCUCAAACACCUCAAGAGGUUCCUCCUCCACAAGUUCAGCCUGAGGAGACUUUGGAACAAGAUCUGAGUCACCCAGGACUGAUCAAAGUGCAGCAGAUAUUGGAACGUGUGGAGAAAAUAGCACAAGAGGUUAAAUGUUUCGAUGGGAAGAAGAAUGAUAAGCGAUACAUGUUGCUGGAGGAGAUGUUGACCAAAGAACUGCUUGCUCUGGAUUCUGUAGACCCUGAAGGUCGCAUAGAUGUGCGUCAAGCUCGGAGGUAUGGCGUUCGUAGAGUUCAGACCAUUCUAGAAGAACUGGAGAUGUUUGGUGAGCAGUUAGAAGGAGUGGGUGGUGAUAUCUACCCUGAGGCUAAUAACCCAACCCAGAAAGGAGAGCUGAGUAUGAUUGACCGGGCCAACACAGAGAAGGCAAAAGAUAUAUCAUAAUUGCACAAUUUGGAGAGGAACACUACUGUAAUCAAAUCCCCAUUUUUGUUUUUACUUGUGCAAUGAGUUGCAUGCAAAAAUAAUUGAAGUUUUAUGUUGGAAAUGAUCUAACAUGUGAUAUGUUUACUGAGUGCAAUCAUGUGUGCUGUUAUGUGAUGCCGCUGUUGUUGAAUCUCAUCAUGCCAGUGUCUUGUAGCACAGACAUGGUGGUGACAAGUUUUAUUCAAAGACAUACAUGAAGAAGAGGCCUUGAACCAGACAAAAAUAUUUUAACCUUCUAAAAUUUAUAUUUUUUACAGUGUAGAAUAAAUGACAAAAUGCCUAUAUUCCUUAAGAACAUAUUAUGUUUUUGAAGUAGUGGGCUAUCAACGUGAAAACAAUUUGACAAUUCUAAAACAAUUCUAAACACUUUCAUGUGUGGGCUAAGAGAAAGGACAUUCAUCUUAAAUGAGUCUGUAAAGGCUCUCAUUUUGGUUUUGAAAUGUGAAGGUUUUCUGUUUUAUAUAAAAAUGAAUGCCUUGUCUAUUCUUGACACUUUGAAUAUAAACAUUUGAACAUACAAGACAAUAAGUAAUUGAUGAGUGUGAGCUUUUAACUGACAGAAUUGCCUGUGAUGGUCUGAAGGCUUGUCAGUAUUGUUAUUUGUUGAAUGACAGUGUUACAAAUAAUACUAUAUUUUUAUUCUAUUUUUCUGUGUCAAAAUCAACAUUUACAACAGUAAGAAUGUUCCACAUCUCCAUAAAUAUGUAGAAUCUAAAAGAAAAUAAAUGACACUCAUAGAACUAUCAUGCAUGUUGUGGCCUUAUGGUUAAGAACUUGGUUUGUAAAAGCAUUCAGGUUCCAGUCCAAAGUUGGGGUGAGUCGUGAAAUGGCGAGGUACAGAAAUAACAAUCCUGUUCGAUCACCAUUGUCCCCUUGAGCCCAAAUUUGCUCAAGGGGGACUAGCAAAUGCUGUACUAAAAGUUACUUUGUAUAAUGUGUCAGCUAAAUUCAGUUUAAAAUACUGUUGUGAGACUUUUUAAUUUAUCUCUGACUCGUUACUAGCUCUGAUGUAGUGCAAAAAGCAAUCAGAACCGGUUGCAAAGUCUGUUUUGUGAAAUAGUAUGCAAUGUCCAGUGUUCCCAGCUUGGUUAUUUGCAGUUUGUUAAAAUGUAGACAUCAUUUGGUCACAUAAGCAUGACUGCAAAUAAAUAUAAUAAAGCACUGUG